AAGAAACAAAACAAAACGAUGCACAGACUGGCCUGGCUGUGAGGUCGAGGUGUCACCGUCCAGCUUAAAGCCCACGGAAAAGCGUAAAGUUGAACCCAUAUCACAUAAAUGGAAUAUCAUCUUUGAAGAGAGUAUAGUGCAGAAAGCAAGAGCAAUGUAGGCAACACUUUCACCUCAGCGCGAGUGUGUUUCUCUUCUAUGACUGUGCUUGUCUGCAGUGUCUUUAAAAAAAUAAAUAAGUAAAGCAUUCCCUGUUUUGGAAGAUGUGCUGCGAUUUAAAAAGGAGAUUUUUGCUCCUAUAUGCAACACAAAAGGGACAGGCAAAAGCCAUAGCUGAGGAAAUAUGUCUGCAAGCAGGUGCCCAUGGACUUGAAGCUGACAUGCACUGUUUAAGUGAGAUGGACAAGUACAACUUGGAAACAGAAAAGGAUCCUGUAGUUAUUGUCAUUUCCACAACUGGGACCGGCGACCCACCAGACACUGCCCGCAAGUUCGUUAAGAAAAUCCGGGAUAAGACCUUGCCACCUGAUCAUUUGGCACAUCUUCAGUAUGGAUUGUUAGGUCUGGGAGACUCAGAGUACACGUUCUUUUGUAACGGUGGAAAGACAGUAGACCGACUACUUCAAGAACUUGGUGCCCAGCAUUUCUAUGAUACAGGAUUAGCAGAUGAUUGUGUAGGAUUGGAACUAGUGGUUGAUCCUUGGAUUGAUGGACUUUGGCUUGCCCUCAACGAAGUAUUUCAGUUGCAGAAAGAAAAAGAAGGCAUGAGCAAUGAUGUCAGUGCAGACCCACAUGUUGGGCAUGAAAUGAACUUAAGCUCAAAAAUACAGAAUUUGAAUUUAGAAGAUGAAGGAAUGAGGAGUUCUGAUGGUCCAUCACAUAAACUGCUUGACAUCAAUGUUGUGGCUUCAGCUACAGACACUGAACCUUCGCUUGUUCACUCAGUCCCUCCCAUCUCUCAGUCUGCUCUUAAUAUUCCUGCCCUGCCACCAGAGUAUAUAGAGGUUCAGUUUCAGGACACCCAUGGGGAGAAUCCUCAACUGUCCUCACUGAUUUCAGAGGGAACAACCUUCGAAGUGCCAGUUACAAAAGCAUCUCAGCUCACUAGGCAAGAUGCAGUAAAAACUGCAUUGCUUUUAGAACUUGAUAUUGCAGAUACAGCCUUUGAUUACCAACCUGGAGAUGCUUUCUGUGUAGUAUGUCCCAAUAAUGUCAAUGAGGUGGAAGAACUACUUCACAUCUUGGGACUUUCUGAAAAAGGAGAGAAUUUUGUUUGUAUAAAGGUUAAGCAGGACACUAAAAAAAAAGGAGCAACUCGUCCACAACACAUCCCUGAGAGAAGUACUCUGAAGUUCAUUCUAACCUGGUGUCUGGAACUAAGAGCAAUUCCCAAAAAGGCAUUCUUGCGAGCCCUUGUAGAAUGCACCAGUAAUGCAAGAGAAAAACGGAGGCUUCAGGAGCUCUGCAGCAAACAAGGAGCCUCUGACUACACUCAUUUUAUUAGAGAGAAUAAUGUUUGCUUGCUGGAUUUACUUCAUGCUUUUCCAAGCUGCAAGCCUUCACUUAACCUUUUAAUUGAACAUCUCCCUAAAUUACAGGCCAGAUCCUAUUCAGUUUCAAGUUCAAACUUGUAUCAGCCAGGAAAACUCUGUUUUGUGUUUAAUGUUGUGGAGUUUCCUGCCUGUCCCACGAGACCUGUCUUACGGAAGGGAGUUUGUACAGGCUGGCUUGCUGAGUUAGUUGCACCUCUACUGCACACCAAUAAAGACACGCUGGAUAUAAAAAGAGAAAGUUCUGCAACUGAAAAGAUAUCUAUUUUUGCUCGUCCAAACAAUACUUUUCACUUACCUUCAGACCCAUCUGUCCCUUUUGUGAUGGUCGGUCCAGGAACGGGAAUUGCACCAUUUAUAGGUUUCCUGCAACAUAGGCAGAAACUGAGAGAAGAACACGCAGACUGGGAAUUUGGAGAGACAUGGCUCUUCUUUGGUUGUCGGCAUCAGGAUAGAGAUUAUUUAUUCAAAGAUGAGCUCAGAUGUUUUCUUGAAAAUGGGACGUUAACUCAUCUGAAGGUUUGUUUCUCAAGAGACUCUUCAACAGCAGAAGUAGCUCAGCCUAAGUAUGUGCAAGAUGUCAUUAGGCUUUAUGCUAAGGAAGUUGCCAGAGUCCUGCUGAAAGAGAGUGGUUACUUCUAUGUAUGUGGAGAUAAGAAGCACAUGGCUGAUGAUGUAAAUGAUGCCUUAUUGGACGUUUUAAGUAUAGAAAUGGAAGUUGACAAAUUGGAAGCAAUGAAAACCAUGGCCAUGCUUCGAGAAGCAAAACGUUAUUUGCAGGAUGUCUGGAGCUAACCAAAGCUAACCAUUUAGCUUUUUCUGUGUUGUUGUAAGACAAAAGAUUUUGCUUUGCUUUCACGUUUAUGCUUUUAAUUAGAAUCAUCAAAAGUGCCAGUGUCAUGCACAUUUUAACUUUCUCUGCUGAUCUUUCACUUAGGAAUGUGAAGCCUUUUCAAGGAUGACAAACCAAUCUGUCUUCGAAAUGUAUUGUUUGUAGCAACAUUGCAUAGUGGACUGUGUCAAUACCUUGAAUCUCUGACUUUUGAGAUUGCUUUCGUAUAGAAAGUGAGAACUUACCUGUACAAGUAUAAUUGUAUGUUUGUUACAUCACAUAUUUUUUCCUGUAAUUUAUACAUAAAGAACCUACAAAGUAAAUAUGUUACUCAACUGCACACCAUCAAAUACAUUAAUGACUUACACACCAUUUGGACAAGAAGGAAUGGCCUCAAGUUGUGCUGGGAAAGGUUCAGGUUGGAUAUUAGGAAUAACUGAUUCUCCAGAAGA